AUGGCUGCAUUACCUAAGAGAAUCAUUAAAGAAACUGAACGGUUGGUGAGUGACCCCGUUCCAGGAAUAACAGCAGUACCAAGUGAUGACAAUUUACGGUAUUUUCAUGUUACAAUCGAUGGGCCUGAUUCCUCACCAUAUUCUAGUGGAGUGUUUGACUUGGAACUAUAUUUGCCUGAUGAUUAUCCCAUGUGUGCUCCUAAAGUGAGGUUUUUGACCAAGAUAUAUCAUCCUAACAUUGAUAAGUUAGGUAGAAUCUGUUUGGAUGUGUUAAAGGACAACUGGUCUCCGGCAUUACAAAUCCGUACCAUCCUAUUGUCGAUACAAGCGUUGUUGGGAGCACCUAACCCGGACGACCCGUUAGCCAAUGAUGUUGCUGAAGAUUGGAAACAGGACGAAAAGAGGGCAGUGCAAGUUGCAAAAGAAUGGACAGAGAAGUACGCCAAGAGCAAAGAAAUUGCCACCACCUCUACCACCGAAGAAAGUGUUUAG